AUGUCUAUCACGACGACUGAUGGUUCAGGCAUCACGGGAAAUGGCCAACACUCAAAUGGGCACGCUUCAGUCAAGGGAGAUCCCUCAAUACCUCCUUCAGAAGGAAGAUGCCUUUUACUUGAUAUGCCUGGAGAGAUAUUAAGUCAAAUAUCAUCCUAUCUUCCUCUUCCUACAUUAAUUCAAUUCCUAUCUUUGCAUCCCUUACUACUCUCAUUGACACAAUCGCAUUUAUCACCUAUACCAUCGUCCACACGAUCACUAUUAUCUACACCACCUUAUCCAAAUGCCUUAUCAGUUAUACCUCAUCUAACGCAUUUCCUUCCUCCUGAUCCAGACGACGCGAAACGUCUUUUCCUACAAAUACUCGUGAGAGCAAGACCGAAAUGGAUAUUAGAACGGUUCGAAGUACUGAGAUGGGAGGAUGAAUUUUGGAAAGAAGCUUUCGAGAGAAGAUUCUUACCUAGCUGGAAGAGGUAUAAGGAAGAUGAAGAUAAUUGGAGAUCUGUUUUCUAUAGAAUGCUUGGAAGGAUAGAACAUCGUCAAUCCGGGUGCACUCAUGAAGAAGCAUGGACGCGCUUUGUCACACUUCAUCGAAAUGGAUCGGCUAGUUUGAAUAGAAUGUAUUCACGUACUUUUGAUCCAUACGAGAUAUACGAUGAAUUAAAAAACCAAAACAAUUUCUCUUCACAUCCUACUACAGUUCGAGUUUUACUUCAUUUACAAGAUGUACGAAUUAUAGCUCUGGGAGUUUUGAUUGAUCAACCUUCAUUAUUCGUUAAUCCAAACGCUCAUCUCACUUUACAUCCACCUCUGCUUAGACAUCUAUCUUCACCUCCAGAUGAUAAUGCAGUACAUCAAUCAAGAUGGUUCAGAUCUUCUGAUGAAUCGAACAACUCAAAAUUGAAAAGUGGAGGAGCAAGAGCUCAAGUAUCAUCAAUUACAAAUACCACUACCGUAACGAAUGAAGCGUAUUUCCCACUUGUUCGAUCAUUAUCUCCUUCAUCACCACAAAAUACUUCCUACGGCCUUUCAUCACCAUCAGAUAUAGCUCCAACUACUGGUCCCAUCCCAAUUCCUUUAAUCAUAAAUUCAACUUCCGUCCCACCCAUCUCACCUUCAGGAUCAGCUUCGUUUGGCCGGAUCUUGGGAAAUUACAUACCUGGAAGAAGAAGAACGCAGAGUAAUUCGGCUGGAGGAACGAAUCACAAUGAACAAGCAUCCAUCGGAGGUGGAACAAUGUCUAAUUCACUUGGGAAUUUAGGUGGCGUAUUGACUCUUGUGAGGAGUAGAGAUAGCGAUGAUGGCUCGAAUACAAGAAGAAGGACGUUCUCUUUCGGAAGGAAUAGAUCUGGAUCAUUAUCCACUAACACGACCAAUGUCAAUAAUGGUAAUCAUGGAGAACCAAGUUUAUCGAAUUUAGCUGGACCAUCCACAUUACCUGCUUUAAGUGAACUUUCACCUUCAAAAGAAGAUGAUCACAUCUCUGUAUACCAAUCUCGACAGAUGAAUGAUAGACCUUAUGAUAUGAUACAGAAACCUCAACCUGCACUAUCACAUAAUCGAUAUCCGAACUACACUUCACCAAUAGAGGGAGGAUACUCGACCACGACGAACGAUCUAAGGAAUAACCAUCCGGAAGUGGAAGAUGAAUAUGAAGGUAAUCUUUGGGCUGGGGACGUUACUUGGUCUGGUGAUGGUAAGAGGAUGGCUGAAUGGGAUGAAGAAUUAGGUAAAAGGAGAAGAUGGGUUGGUCCGAUGAUUAUACUAGCCCAAAUCCAUCCCUCGCAUCGGGCUCAACCUCAUCCACCAGGUGUUAACCCAAAUUUACCCUUGGAAGGCUCAAAUCCCGCUCUAGGUCAAAAUGGGAUGUUCGCGUCUUUGGGAUUCGAAGAUGUGGAAGCUCUAUUCCCUUGGAUAGAGUUUAAAGGUAGUGGUGGAAAUAGUGGAGAGGCCAAAAGGAGUGGAUUAGGAUUCUGA